UAUGGGAAGUUGUUGUACUGGAUAACAAGCUUGGUGUGGUGAACAAAAAACACAGAUAAAUUUAGGGGCAGGUCAAUAGUAAGAUCCUGAUAAAAAAGGGGAGGAAUAACUGGAUGAAAAUUUAGUUAAGGAAAAGGCUACAAAAAUAUAAGGUAAUUUCAGUUUGGAAUCUUGUUUAGCACAUAUAAGAGGUCAUAAGGCAAGAGAAGAGGUUAAGAAAAUAAAAGAAACUCAAAAGAGUUCAGAACAAGUUUCAGAUAAGUGUAUUAAAUAAAGUCUUGAACCUAAAAGAAUGGAAAACCAUCAAUUAUAGGAAGAUAAAGCAUCUGUGACAGCUAAAGAAGCCAUCUAUACAAAGGGUCCAGAAUAAAGUGCUGGAGCCAAUUAACAUGCUCCAAAUGACAGAGUAAGAAAAAUUGAGAAGGUACCUGAUUUUUUGACAGAUCGAACCAGACAGGUAUAUUGUAAUUAUACAAAGGUUUUGGAGAAAUUGGAUGAGUUUGUUUAUGAUUAAGAUUAAGAGGAAUACAAAGAUUUACCACAUUUGGGUCCAUAUGAAUUUGAAAAUGGAAGCGUUUAUAUAGGUUAAUGGAAGAAUGGGUAACAUUUAUUUGAUUUAUAUAUCUAGAUAGAGACAUGGUAGAGGAAAAUAAAUUUGGUAGGAUGGAUCAUUAUACGAAGGUUAUUGGUACUAAAAUGUGGCAUGUGGAAAAGGUAGAUUAAUUCAUUCUGAUGGUGAUAUUUAUGAAGGAGAGUGGAGAAAUGAUAAAGCUCAUGGUUAAGUAAGAUUUUUAUUUUAUUUUUAGGGAAAAUAUGUUCAUAUGGACGGGGCUCAAUAUAUUGGUUAAUGGGAAGAUGAUAGAUAGAAUGGGGAAGGAUAAGAAAUUUGGCCUGAUGGGGCUAGUUAUUAAGGACAAUAUAAAAACGGAAAGAAAGAUGGUAGAGGUACAUUCAAAUGGGCUGAUGGUUCUAUUUAUGUGGGAGACUUCUACUAAAACAAUAUUUAAGGAUAAGGAGAAUAUAGUUGGGAAGAUGGUAGAAAAUAUGUUGGCGAAUGGAAAAAUAAUAAAAUGGAUGGAAAAGGAGUAUAGUUAUUUAUAUAAACAUAGGUUUUUACUUGGUUGGAUGGAAGACGAUAUGAAGGUUAAUAUAAAGAUGAUAAAAAGCAUGGUUAUGGUGAAUUUAAAUGGCCUGAUGGAAGAGUAUGAAUUUUAUUAAUAUUUUCAGGUUUAUAAGGGAGAAUGGUCAAAUGGAAAGUAACAUGGCAAAGGAAUCUAUAUAGGUUCAUCAAAGGUGGAAAAAGAAGGAGAAUGGUAAGAUGGUAAAAGAGUAAGGUGGAUAAAAAGAGGAGGUUAACCAAUAGAAGAGGGAAAUUGA